UAGUCCUCUUCUCCCUUCUCCUUUAUCCUUUUCUGAAACUUUUUUAGAAGGGUGCCCCUGAGAAAGACGCGGUUUAAGCUUUCAGAAUAUCAACGAAAGAGUACAAAGCAGAGGAUAGAAGCCAGCUACCUCAGGCUGCUUCAAAGAAAGAUGGCGAUUACAAACAGAGGAGGGAGAAGGGUGAACAAAAGAGGACGAAAAACCGUAAACAUAUCCCGUGGACUUCUAUACCCAUGUUGGUGUAAAAUACUGAAGAACAAAGCUUUUGACUGGACUACCAAUGAGCUGCUCGCCACUUGUGAAGUAGUAAAUGUGACCACCUUCUCCAAGGAGAAAAGGGUGAUAGAAAAUCACUCUGCUUGCCGUUCAGCCCCGGUCUUUACCAAGCAGAAGAAUCAAAAGAUACUGGAGGGAAGAAAUGUCAUCCCAACUUUCAGCGAUGUCCAUCGCAUCCAGCUGGAUGAACAGCUGUUUCUACACACAUCCUUCUAUGUUGAAGAUCAACAGGCCUUCAAGAAGAAAAUGGAGUUGCUAACAUUGAGAAACUUUGGGGACAUGGAGCAUCUAUCCAGCUAUACUGGGAAAGAACUGGACAAACAGAACAAAACCCUGGAUACCCUUUUCCAAGUGAUGCAUUACACCCAGCCUUAUCCACACAAGAUUUUGAAGAAAAUAUUCAAGAUGUGCCACCUAACCAGGGACCGAUGCCAGCUGUAUGCCUUCCUUGUAGUGCUUACCAUCGUCCUGGGACUCAUCUUCUUGUCCUUUUAAUUGCCUUUCCCCAUAGUUCCCUCCGAUUCCCCAUCCCACUUCUUGCCUGGCAAGGCCAUCGGGUGAGGACUAUUUCUAGGGGAAUGGACACCGACUUACGUGGUCUCACCUGUUCCCCAAUUACACUUUAUAAAGACGAAUGGGAAGAAGAGAAGUAAUAAACUACCUGCCAGCCUAUA